GAACUCCCACACGGUUAUGACCUGUCUGUGGCAACUACACUUGAAAUGUCCUUCAAUAAACUUUCCAAUCGAUCAAAAGAAGCUCUUCGGAUCUUCUCUUUCCUCCAACACAAUUCAAUAGCACAUAGAAUCAUAGCAGCUGCCGGGAAAAACAAGUUCUUUUAUGCAUCAGGAAAAGCAAGCGAAGCAGAUAAUGACAAGCUAGAUGCAAUCAAAGCACAGGCCGAAAAUCUCUGCAGAAUCUUUUGUCCAAAAGGACAAUGGUCGGAAAUCGAGUUCCAUAAGAUUGUUGAACCAUGUUUUCAAUACUCUCUUCUACAACCUACAACAUCUAUUGAUGGUCAAAAGUUCUACUCGAUGCAUAUCCUAGUUCAAAGUUGGUUACAACUACAAUCUUUCCCUGAAGAUCGAUUUCCUUCAAAAGCCUUGACUAGGAGGUUGCUAUUAGCAGUUGCUGAAGAUGACUUGUCCCUGCAGCGUUAUGAACUUCAUCAGAUGCUACUGCCACAUAUUCGGCCAUUCACCGGUGUUCCCCUUGAUGUGGCCACUGAUGAACAUCUGCUAUAUCAGGUGUUAGAUGAUGCAGGUGACUUUCCCACUGCAGAUGUACAUCUGACUGCCUAUCUUGAUAUGCUGAAGGAUAAACUUGUGUGGGAUUCUCGUGAAAGGCUUAAUGGCCUACACCUGCACACAUGUAUUCUUAUGGCUCUGGGUCGAGACCGGGAUUCAUUAGAAGCAGGGAAAGAAGCCACUGAACUCUGCACAAAGGCCUUUGGUAGAGAAGACCCUUUGACAUUGACCUUGAUGAGCAACGUCGGUUCAGCAUACCUCAAUUUAGGGCAACAUGAAAAGGCCCAAGGAUUGAUGGAGGAAAUACUAACAUUGCGGAAGAAGGUGUUAGGGCUAGAGCACCCCGAUACUUUUACAGCAAUGAGUAAUUUGGCUUCAUGCUACUGGCAACAGGGGCUGUAUCAGAAAGCCGAAGAGAUCGACACAGAAGUUCUGGCAUUGAGGAAAAGG